AUGUCGAGCCUACAGUCCAGCAAGGGCCCCGACAAAGACCAGCCCAGCCUCCGAUAUCCCAGCAAUGGCAAAACCAUCUACCACCGGCCACUAAACCGCACAAAAACUGGCGAGCUCAGCCAGGCGAGCUUUGCCCUCAACGCGCAAGGCCACCCCAUUGGCCUUAAACUUCUCGACCUCCUUAUACACCGUGAACCCACCCGUAACCAAGUCCGCCCCCUCACCAUCAUCGCCCUCCUCCACUUCAUCAAGCAGUCUGUCUGGACGCACCUCUUCGGCCGGCAGGCGGACCGACUCGAGAAAUCAGCAAACCCCGAAACACCCGAGGAAUAUAUGAUUAUCGACAACGAACCCCUUGUCAACGCCUACAUUAGCGUGCCUCGUGAAAUGUCACAGCUCAACUGUGCCGCCUUCGUGGCGGGCAUCAUCGAGGGCGUGUGCGACGGGGCAGGCUUCCCUGCCAAGGUUGGUGCCCAUUCGGUGGGAAAGGAGGGCGAGGGCGAGAUGUGGCCUGGCAGGACAGUAUUCCUAGUCAAAUUUGCCCCGGAGGUCCUAGAGAGGGAGGCGUAUCUCGGCAAAACCUAA